GUUAUAGGUAUUUCUGUCCCAUCUAUUAUCACUCUGGUAGCUGGAUGAUGUUGCUUAAAUGAAUCUGGCAAUGGACAUAAAAGGUGUGACGGGUAUUCAGAGGGUGAAUGCCAAUAAAAUAGCAGUUAUUUUCAAGAAAUAUAAUACGGCAAAUAACUUUAUUAAUAACACCACUUUUCUCACAAAAAAUGACAUGAAGGCGUUCAUACCGGUAUCGCAAAUCGAAAAAACCGGCAUCAUUAGAUUUGUUCCAGCGAAUAUAUCUAACAAAGAACUUUACACAAGACUUUCUUCAAUUUAUGAAGUAGUGGCAAUAUGUUUGACAAAUCUUUGAGUAUUGAUGAAAAAGAAUUUCUAGUAGCUAAUAAUAAACUUUUUGACAGAAAGUCACAGUUUUCCUUUAUUUUUCAAACUGUAGUGAGUGGCUAGAUGGCGAGGAGCAGCCAAGACCAAUUAACAAUUUUCAACAAUUCAUUCAUAAAACAAAGAUUGAUAAAUGGAGAAUUUGGAAACCUUUUGAUUGUUGGUGAUAAAGGCUAUAAAAAUACUUCAUACCUACUAACUCCACUCCAAAACCCCAUGACUUCAACAGAACAUCUUUAUGAUGAAUCUCAAAUACGAAGGAGAAAUAUGAUGAAAAGGAAAUAUGGUGUUUAGAAAAAUCGGUUCCCACUUUGUCCAAAAAGGUUUUGCUUCAUGUAUUUUAUAUGCUUUGAACUUGGCGAUCAUUGAUCGGUCGAUUGAUUGAUGAAUUAUAAAUUAAUGCCAACCCAGUCACAUAUUUCAAACAAAGCGUCUUACAAACUUUUGCAACGUACAAUGGAUAAAAUAUUGGGAUCCAACGUCAAGUCUGUGCUGCUCUAUGGGUGUGAAACGUCGAAGGUCACCAAAGAUAUCUCGCACCGAUUCCAAGUCAUCGUCAACCGCUGUCUUCGCCGUAUUCUGAGCAUCUACUGGCUUGAAAAAAUCUCUAACGACUAACGAGCAACUUUGGGAACGCUGCCGAGAAACCCCGAUCAGUCAGCAGAUCAAGCGAUGCAAGUGGAAUUGGACUUCGAAGGGAUCAUAUUCCCAAGCAGGCGCUUGAUUGGAACCCGCAAGGGAAGCGGAAGCAUGGCCGUCCCAACCAAACCUAGCGCCGUACAGCCGCAGACGAGGCAAAGAGAACUGGAAAGACUUGGAGCGAGGUGAAAUACGAGGCUCAAGACCGAUCGCGACGCGGAGAGUCACUGUGGACACCCUCUGCCCCAUCUAGGGGUUAUUGGACAUUAAGUCAAGUAAGUCAAGAUAAUAUACGAACAGAAUCGGAUCUUCAUCGUCAAGCCAACCGCAACCAGACAAUAAGCCCUUGAAUGAUUUAUGGGAACAUUUUGAUGCAAACCUUCGGAACGUACUACAAAUUAAACAUCAUUAGCCUCGGCUAUUAUCAUGGUGAAACAAUACAAGGACGAAGAAUACUUAGAUAGAAAAGAUGAUCUUAUUGAAUUUGAACUCUGGUAGUAGGUUGUAAGAAAACAUCCUCUACAUUUAAUUUAAAAAAAUAAUAAUUUUAAGGGCUUAAAUUUAGUUAAAUUAGGGUAAUAUAGUUAAAAAUAAGAUUUGUGUAUAAUAUAAAGUGAUUAUACAGUGUUUUUUGUCGCGAGAACUUGGCAAAAUAGGGAUCUAAAACCGGCUGUCAACUCAACGCCUUAACGGUAACGUGCUGGAAGGCAACAGGAAGCUCAAAAAUGAAACGUCCUUGCUAUUUCAAGAAAAUAAUUCACUUAAAGAUCAGUGUGAUAUGCUUCAGCAGGAAUUAAAUAAACUUGAUAGUUAUGGUAAUGAGUAUGAAGUUGCUUUGCUGCGCAUAAGAAGUCUUGAAAAACAGCUAUUGGAGGCUCAACAAUAUAUUAAUAACCUGGAGGCAGUCUCACAAAGUGUAAAAGAUACACACACAAACAUUUUAUAUAAUACAUUAAUUCAUGAUUCAGGUUCUACACCAACUCAUAAUGUAAAAAGUUUAGGUAAAAACAAAAUAAGAAAAUAUAUUAAAAUUAAUAAAUACAUUAAAAAGACACAGAAGCUAGUAAAACAAUAUAGAAAUGUAAACAGUGUGGAUUUAAAAGUUCAAAACACACAACUUCAAAAUGAACUUGACUUGCAUUUAAUUGAAACUGAAAAUGCUAAAUUAAAAUAUGAAUCUGACACAUUAGAUUUAAAAAUAGAAAUUUUAAAAUUAAAAGAACUUACAAACAGUCUCACUUCUAAAUUUGAAGAAUCACAAUGUAUGGUAGAAAAGUAUUCUUCUGCAAUGGAAGAUCUGCUUCAAAUUUCUAAUUACACCGCAGAAUGUUAUGAGCAAUUGCAGAAUAAAACUUAUGGUUGCAAUUAUAAAAGCCAACCCAGUCUCCAAUUACCACAAACAUCACAACACACUCACAGCCUCACCUACACCACAACAAACACUCAGUUAAAGGAAAAAAUUAAGGCAAAAGAAAGGAAUUUAAUGUAUUCCGAUGAAAUGGGUAAGGACAUGGGUACUAUUGUACAAUUAAAUGACGGCCAAACAUUUAUAAACAGCUGCUAUCCCAAUGCCACUUUUAUAAACAUUGUGAAAAAUCAUAUAAUCAAAAACAAUGAUAUGUAUUGUAUUUAUAUACCUACACUCUUAGCACCUUCUUGUGCUAAGAGCAUUCACUGUGGGAUUCACAUUUACUUAUGUGAAAAUUAUAUGCAAGACCUCAAUGAAGAAAAUUCAGUACGAAAUUAAAUUGAAAAUAAAUAUAAAUAGCAGACAUACAACAAUGCUCAAUGUGCUGUAGGCAGUGGAAUGGAAGCUCACUGCAAAAAUGUGGCAGAAGUGAUGUUCGCUGUUGAACAAAUGUACAGAGAAAGUUUGUUCUCUUAAAUAUUAUUUGUACAAAGGUUGCAAACAUUUAAUGUACCAAAAAAGACAUUUACUGCCUCUCCACUUA